GGGCUGCUGGGCCGGCGGGUCGCUGGAGGAGUCAGGAUGCAUGACUGGUUGGGCUGGUCUCCCCAGCCAGCCCUGGGAGAGGUGUGUUGGGGCGGGCUGAGCGCACUGCCAGCCUCCAGGUGGGGAGGUAAAGGCAGGUCUGAGUCACCAGUGACGAGGAGGAGGCCCGGAGUUACACUAGUGGUGGCUAGGCUUCAUCCCCACAGAAGGCCUGACAAGGAGACCGAAGCGGAAGACCCAUGUGGAACCCCAGGACACUGCCGCUCUGCUGAGCGCACGGUGGCUUCUCCUCCGAGACGGUGACCUCUCGACGGUGGCCCUCGGCCCUCCACCUCAGGCUGGGGCGGGGGUCGCCCAUCUCCAAGUCCCCAGCCAUGACCACCUCAGCGCUGCGGCGCCAGGUGAAGAACAUCGUGCACAACUACUCGGAGGCGGAGAUCAAGGUGCGAGAGGCCACCAGCAAUGACCCGUGGGGCCCGCCCAGCUCGCUCAUGUCGGAGAUCGCGGACCUGACCUUUAACACGGUGGCCUUCGCCGAGGUCAUGGGCAUGCUGUGGCGGCGGCUCAAUGACAGCGGCAAGAACUGGCGCCACGUGUACAAGGCGCUGACGCUGCUGGACUACCUGCUCAAGACGGGCUCCGAGCGCGUGGCCCACCAAUGCCGCGAGAACCUCUACACCGUCCAGACGCUCAAGGACUUCCAGUACAUCGACCGCGACGGCAAGGACCAGGGCGUCAACGUCCGCGAGAAGGUCAAGCAGGUCAUGACGCUGCUCAAGGACGAGGAGCGCCUGCGCCAGGAGCGCAGCCACGCCCUCAAGACCAAGGAGCGCAUGGCACUGGAGGGCGUGAGCAUGGGCAGCGGGCAGCUGGGCUUCAGCCGCUCCCGAGGGUCCCCGUCCUCCUACAACUCCUCCUCCUCCUCCCCUCGCUACGCCUCCGACCUGGAGCACGCCCGGCCCCAGACGACGGGAGAAGAGCAGUUGCAGCUGCAGCUGGCCCUGGCCAUGAGCCGAGAGGAGGCCGAGAAGCCGGUCCCCCCAGUCUCCCAUAGGGACGAGGACCUGCAGCUGCAGCUGGCUCUGCGCCUGAGCCAGCAGGAGCACGCGAAGGAAGUGAGGUCCUGGAGGGGAGAUGACUCCCCCAGGGCCAAUGGGGCAGGGGCUGCAGCACCGAGGCGGCGGAACCGAGAGCCACAGAGAGAAGAGAGAAAGGAGGAGAAGCUGAAGGCCAGCCAGUCCUCCAUCCUGGACUUGGCUGACGUCUUCGCACCUACCUUGGCCCCACCUUCCACACACUGCUCUGCUGACCCAUGGGACAUCCCAGGUCUCAGGCCAAGCACAGAUCCCGGCGGCUCUUCUUGGGGUCCCUCUGCAGACCCCUGGUCUCCGGUCCCCUCAGGAAAUCACUUGUCUCGAAGCCAGCCCUGGGACUUGCCCCCUACGCUCUCCUCCUCUGAGCCCUGGGGCCGGACCCCAGUGCUGCCUGCUGGAGCCCCCACCACAGACCCUUGGGCACUGAACUCCCCCCACCACAAACUCCCCAGCACUGGCACUGACCCUUGGGGAGCCCCUGUGGAGACUUCUAACACACCUGCUCUAGGUGGUACCUCAACCUUUGACCCAUUUGCCAAUCCUCCACAAUCCAAAUCCACAGAGGUCAAGGAGAGGCUGGGGGGCACCCAGGUCCUGCCCUUGGGGAAGCCCAGCAGCCCAGUGGAACUGGACUUGUUUGGAGAGCCUAUGCCCACCAUCCCCAGUUCCAAGCAAAAUGGCACAAAGGAGCCAGAUGCCUUUGACCUGGACGGGCUGGGGGACGUGCUGACACUGCCCAGCAUGGAGGUCCGAGCCUGCCGGACUCCUGAGUCCUUCCUGGGCCCCUCGGCCUCUUCCUUGGUCAACCUUGACUCAUUAGUCAAGACACCUCAGGCUGCAAAGACUCGAAACCCAUUCCUGACAGGUCUCAGUGCUCCAUCCCCCACCAACCCCUUCGGCGCGGGUGAGCCAGGAAGGCCCACCCUGAACCAGAUGCGCGCCGGGUCGCCGGCCCUGGGCCUGGCGGUGGGCGGGCCCGUCGGGGCACCCCUGGGCUCCAUGAGCUACAGCGCCUCCCUGCCCCUCCCGCUCAGCAGCGUGCCGGCCGGCGUGGCCCUGCCCGCCUCGGUCAGCGUCUUCCCGCAGGCCGGCGCCUUCCCGCCGCAGCCAGUGAGCCAGCCGCAGCCGCUGCUGCCCACGUCGGGCUCCACGGGGCCGCCGAACGCGCCCCCGCAGGCGGGGACCAACCCCUUCCUCUGA